AAGGGGCUGCAGCCAUUGCCUGUGGCAGAACAGAGCCCAGAGACAGCUCCCCCCGCCCAGCCGUGCCCGAUCCAUCAUGCAGCUGGUGGCCAGCCUGGUGUCCGUGCUGCUGGUGGCGUGGAGCGUGAGAGCCAGCGCCUUGCCCGGAGAGGAGAGAGCCGCCGUGGCGAGCAGCAGGGAGCAGACCAAGGCCCGGAAGGACAUGAUCCUGAAGAUGCUGGUGGGUCUCCUGGAUGGGAUGGAUACGGGGCGCGAGGCAGCUUCCACUGACUUUGAAGAGCCCCUGGAGAGCAAAUUGGAAGAGGAGCGGCUGGCUUUGGGGCGGCUAUCACAGCGAGACCGCAAAGCCCCCUGUAAAAACUUCUUCUGGAAAACCUUCACUUCCUGCUAACCCCCAAGCCCCACUACCAGCCCUGGAUUUAGGCCCCCUCAGAUUUUCCCUGGCCCCUUUAGAACACAAGAACUGUACUUGCAUUGCAAAUAACAUCCACAUGUCAAUGGUUUCUGUUUUCCUCAAAUGAUUUGAGCUCUGUUUGUUUAUUACUCCAUUCACAAAUAAAGCAUGGCUGAGAGACACCUUGGG